AUGGACGAUUCAAAGAAAAAUACACAAAACUUCAGUGUUGAGGAUUAUAAAAAUAAGGGCAAUGAAUGUGUUAAAGAUGGAAAAUUUAUUGAAGCUGUAUUACAUUAUACCCAUGCAAUUAAAAUGGACCCUCAAAAUUAUGUUUUAUACAGCAACAGGUCUUUUGCAUUCCUGAAAUUAGGUCAACAUUAUUUAUCAUUACAAGAUGCAAAUGAAACGGUCAGGCUUCAGCCCCAAUGGGCAAAGGGAUAUUUUCGUCGUGGAGAGGUUGAAGCUGCUAGUGAACUAUAUGAUGAAGCAAUAAUAUCAUACACCAGGGCUCUACGACUUGAACCUCAUAAUACAAAAUUGAUGGAAUCUAUAAAAAAUAUUACUAAAAUUCAACAAAAUAAAAUUAAAAGUUCACAUAAUGUUAUAUGGUUGAGCACUUGUGUGGGUUUCAUUAUUGGUAUAAUUGUUGUUAUAUUGGAUUAUACCUUGACUGAAAAACCAACAUUAUCACAUCCAUUUAGCAUGGUGGCGUUUUCAAUGGCUUUGGCAGGAGUGGGUUGGGUUCUUGGGAAGACUGCGACUAUGAUGUCUGCUCUAGGAGCCGGGAAAUCCAUACAACCACCACCAGAUCUAGCUUCUCAUUCUUGUGAGGAACAUGAACAAACAGUACCGGAAAAGAAAAAUAAAUAUAGCAAAGCUCAAGCUAGACAAAGAUACAAGCAAGGAAAACUUUAG